CAGCGGGCCACAGUGGAAAAUCAAAGAGAACACAAUGAAGUUGAUUUUCUUUGCUGCCUUCGUGGCCUUGAGUUACGCAAGACCACAAACACAGACAUCUGAGCCAAUUCCGAUAGUGAAAUACGAAAAUGAGGGGGUUAACGCUGAUGGAUCCUAUCAGUGGAGCUACGAGACUGGAAACGGCAUCAAGGCCGACGAGCAAGGACAGCUGAAAAACGCGGGCGCCGAAAACGAGGCCCAAGAGGCGCAGGGCUCUUUCUCCUACACUGCCGACGACGGAACGGUCAUCUCCCUGCAAUACAUAGCCAACGAGGAGGGAUUCCAACCCGUGGGAGAUCAUCUCCCCACCCCUCCUCCAAUCCCCCCGGCGAUCCAGAAGGCUCUGGAGUGGCUCGCCGCCCACCCAGAACCCGAGGAGAAAGGGGCAGCCUCCAAUGUGCAGCCUGUUUAUAAGGCUUUGCCUCAAAAGAGAUACUAAAUAUGAGCUGGUUGUAUAAAGCUUGUACUCACUCUGCUAAUGUAAGUGUUCUAUUAAUAAUUUUUAUGAAAUUUAUGUGAAUUUUGUAAAAGUUUAAUAAUUGAUUGUAUAUAGUUUAUUUUUUAUUUUUGUAUGAAU